AGGCUUCUUUAAGUUAUGAGUUUCUCAAGUUCAUUGGAUUGGGAUCCCGAUCGUAAUAAAAUCAGUUUCAACAAUGAUACACCUCCAUACACUUGUACUUUGAGGAUAAAAAGGGAUAUGAUGUCAAUAUACGAUGAUCCACCUCCCGGACUCUUUGUGGCCCCAGACGAAAAAGACCUAACCUUCAUUCACGCUCUCGUCACCGGAACUUUUGACACGCCUUAUGAGGGUGGAUUCUUCUACUUUGUGCUCAGAUGUCCUCCCGACUACCCAAUCAGGCCGCCACUUGUAAAACUCAUGACAACAGGAGCAGGAAAAGUUAGGUUUAAUCCUAAUUUGUACAAAUCUGGGAAAGUUUGCCUCAGCAUCCUUGGGACGUGGUCUGGACCAGCGUGGAGUCCUGCACAGACUUUGAGCAGCCUUUUGCUCUCCAUCCAGUCUCUGAUGACAGAGAAACCCUACCACAACGAGCCAGGCUUUGAGACUGAGCGUAACCCGGGAGACGCGGCCCGCUACAACGACAUAAUCAGACACGAGACAAUCAGGGUGGCCGUGUGCGGAAUGCUCGACAACGACUAUGGCCUUAAAAUUCCCAAAUCGUUCGUCGAAGCGAUGGAGAAAAACUUUCUCGAGUUCUACGAUCUUUAUGUGGCUGUGUGCAAUGAGAAGAUGCAUCUCACUGGCCAACUGAUGCUGGAUCCUUUUGGUGAUAAAAGAGGAACAUUUAACUACAAAGCUCUCCUGGAAAGACUGCAGACCAUAAAGGACAGAUUAGUGGACAAGUCUGAUUCAGGCAGCACAUCAAGUUCCAGUCCAGACUCCACAAUCACCAGUGGUGGACUCAGUCCUAAUGAUAAGUGAAAACAUUGUCAUGUCAUGUUAUGUUGUCAUUUGUUGUCGGUUGGUGGAAUUCUCGUUGUAUAUUGAUGUGAAUAAAAUUUCGUAUUAAACCCACCUGAAAAUUUGUAUAACUCGAAUAUAAAGCUAGUAUUAAAUAUUGUAAGGAUCUAACGAAAAAAUAUUAUUUGGUUAACGGUUACAGUAAAUCAGUUGUCCAAAUUGGGGCUCUUACAAAUGUAAUGAUUUUGAUUCAGUUUAUGCUCUCUGUUGUCAGUUUAUACUCAGUGAAACUUCUUGAAGCAGGAUUUUCCAAACCAUGCUUUAUUUUUUAACGGACAACUAACGUUUUCAACGCAUGCUUUAUAUAUUAUUUUAGAGUGUCAAGCUAUUCCAUGACCUACAUUAUCUACUAGCAUUUCAAAACUAUUUAUCAUUCAAACUAUUGAAAAUGUUCGUAUCGUACGGUUGAUUUUUAUCACUUGUGUGAAUUCAUUUUCAAACCGAUUUAUCUUUCUUAUUAGAACCAAAGUUAGUUUGGAAAUUUUCAUCUUUAAAUUGGGUUUCAAACUUUUUGGCGAUGCUCCCGCCUCAUUCACGGUUUAAAGAGCUCCUAUUCCUCUUCCUAUCUUAUUAAAAUCUUAUUUUGUUUCAUUUAAAUGUACAAUGGUAUCGGCCAUGUUUCAAUUUACUUUUUCAUCUCAGAUUCCACUGUCUUACAUUUCAAUGUUCUCUUUGCAUAAUAUGUUCUGAGUUGUCUUUUUCUUAGAGCUACUUUUAAUAUAAAUAAAAUGAAAAUAUAAAUCAAAACAUCAGUAUCACAACAUGUUUUGAACAUUAAUGGCUUUAUGUCAUUUUGGCUUUAAUGUCCAAAACAUGUUAUGAUAAAAUAAUUUUAAAGUGUACUGAGAUUUAUAUUUUUAUUUUAUUUAUGUGCUGACUUGUAUCCUUGUGUAUUUUUCUCGUUAUCAUUUUUGUGUAUUUUGGUAUUCCCUGUUUAAUAUUAGUGCAUAUAUAUAUUCAUUUAUUAUCAUUUUUGCCUUGAUGUCCUGUUAGAAUGAUUUUUGAUAAAAUGGAUCAUGAAUACAGAUGGGCAUAAUUAUUAUUAUAAUUAUGAAGGUUGAAGCUUUUUCCAUCUCACGGAUGAUCAGUAUUCAAAUAUGAUUGAAAUUAUUUUGUGGGAAAAUCCAUAAAUUUUCACAUCUAACAGGUUUUCCUAAAUAUGACUCACGAAGAUGUUGCUAUUCAAAUUAAAACUUGAAUUUAUUGCAUUCACUUGAGGAAAUUUUUGUCAUUAUACAAUAUUUGUAAUUAUGUAUUGUUAUUCCUACUUUGAAUGUAUGAAAUAUUCAAGACGCGAAACGUACAUUCCGAUUUACAAUAUGUUCAUGCUGCCAAUACUAAAGUCUUUGUUGAAUAAUAGAAACAAGAUCUAUUGAACUUGUUUAUCUCAGAUAUGUAUGUUUGUUUCCUGCAGUAUUUACAAUAUUUAGAGGUUUCACUGUCUAGAGAAAUACUUUAUCAAAAUAAUUUCAUGGUUAUUUCAAUAAAUAAUAUCAGAUACAAUGUACAAUACUUUGUAAACAACUAAUUUUCACAAGGUCUGUGAUAGAGCAACUUGCGUCUUCAGUUUGGAUAAACCUUUGAAAUUGCUGUUUGUGUCAUGUCUAGUCUAGACAAACCAAUAUAUAUGAAUUUACUCGACACCAUUCCUAGAUUUGUACGAGUUAUCUUUAUGCUAAAGCAUAUUCAUUAACCAACUUGUUUAAUUUUUUUAAAGAUUAUCUAGUUAUGUUGAAAUAAUUUAUAGUUUCUUAGAUGACGUUUAAUGUAAACAAAUAACGUUUAUAGUGAUGUUAGUUUUGAUUUAGUUAUUUGUUGAGCAUUCUAUGUUUAUUGUUUAACAUUUUGCUACCGCAUGAAUGAAUGUUUUGUAUUAAAUAGUUUAUACUUUGGAAAUCAUUCCUCUAUUAUUCUCUUAGUUUUCAAAUAUGAGAUACUUCUGAAUCUAUAAUUCUCACUUAAGUUUGCCAUAUUGUUUUGUUGAUGUCGGGAUGAAAAUCAGAAUUUCAUCUCAAUUCUUAAAAUCAAAUUAAAAAUAAUAAUAAAUUUUCAAUGUUCUUCAAUUGGAUGAUAAAAAAUCGUUUUACUCAUUUCAUUAGCAGAUAUUACGAAUCUCCCUACAAUUCCCGAAAAUUUAAUUCAAUAAGUUAGCUUGUAUAUUAAGGUGUUAGUUUCAGAAUUAAGAAGCCUCAUAUUGAAUUUGAUUGCUGGUAUGUUUGAAAUUGUUUAUGGGCAUUUUUGGAAGAGUAGGCCUAUUUAGAGUUGGUUCAGUUGUUUACUCGAAGAUUAUAGCCCAUAAACUUAUUCCUAGGUUUAUUACUAGUUUUUCCUCUUAAUCAGUAUAUUAUACCAAGAAAAUUCAAGAAAUUAAUAAUAUGAGAAUAAGAUUUUUUUUCACUAAAGUAUAUGAUGUUGAAUCAUUCAUUUUCAGUUGUAGGUUGUUUUCUAAAACUUUGUAUUAUAUUAUUCUAGUUGCGGUAUCUCAUAAUUCCAUUAUUUCCAACAAGCCGUUGACUUUGAUGCUAAAUACAGUUUCAAAGCCAAUAAUAUAGCCUACUGUUUACUAAAAAAUAAUCAUUUGUGUACUUAAACAUUUCCUAAAGAAGGAAUGUCAGAAUCCAUCAAGUAAAGGUAACUUUGAGCAUAGAACCCUUCAAACAAAUUUGUUUAUUAAGAUUCCUAAACCCUAUAUUGUAUUCAACUUUGUUAACACUUAUAUUGAUGUUUAUUUAGUUACUUAUUUGAGAAUUAUGUGUGAUGUACAAUGUACUCGCUAAUUCGUUGAAAAUAUAUCGUUCUAUUUAACCUUU